CCUCCCUCAGGGAAUAUAGAAAAACCCAGCCUGUUGAAUGUCUUUAAUCCUUAAACCAGGGGUUUCUCCAAAAGUGUCAGAGGUAUAGAGACAGAUUAAAAGAGAGAGGAGGGUGAGUGAGAGACACAAGCAAAGAAAAUCAGGAAAAGGAGCUAGAAAGGAGGUCUGUAGGAAACACGCCAGGUAGAAAAAGCAGGAGUAACGUAGCAGUGUGUCGUGAUCUAGCUGAGAGAAAUAAAGACAUUGAGACAAAAAAAAAACAACUACUAAAUCACAAUCAAACAAUGCAGCAAGCGCAGAAUAGACCAAAGUGUGACAGGGAGGCUGGGAAAGAGAGGGGGGAGAGAGCCUAAAACAGGGAAAGGGAAGGGAUCAAGCAUAGUAGGUAAGAGGUGGCAAGAAAAAAAAACUCAGAGAGACGUCUAGAACAUAGACGUGUAAGGGAAGGAAAUGUGAAAUGACAUAAGGCAGGAGGAAAGUGAGUGAAAUUCAUGAGAGGAGGGGGAGAGAGCAGGAACGAUAGAAAGGAAAAGAGAGAGGCAGAAGAAGUGUUGGUGUGAAUAAGGGGUGAUGAGAAAGAGACAUAUAGAAAAAGCAAUGGGCAUUAAAUCAGGGGAGGGGAUGGGAGCAUAAGGGAAUUCUCUCAUCGUCACAAGCCAGGACAGCUCGGGACUCCCAGAUGCCCACAGUAUUUCUUUAUAACGUAUUGGUUUUACUGGUGCUUGCUGAUGAAACAGCCUGUGGGUGGACUCUGAGAUAAGGUUGCUGGUGCCUGAACGGAACUGCCAGCCUCCCCAGCUGCGGGCAUUGGAUGAGACGAUGGCUGUCCCUUGGAGUGUGCCACCAACAUCACCUGAAGGAGCUGCCGCUGUUUAAUGAAACAAAAACACAGCCCGAGGAGGGUCACUUCAUCAUCAUCUGAAACCAAAUCAGGGGGAGGGAGUUGCAUGAAGGAGGAAGACAGACUGUCAGCUCAGUGUACCAGGCAACAAAAGGCUGGCACCGUUCUGUCUGCCUGUCUCCCGCAGAGCUUUACUUCAUAUCACAAGGCUACCCUACAACCUCAGGUGAUCAUGGUAAAUGAGUCAUUUACAGUAACAGUGGAUUAUCAUGACUAUGUAAUAAUCUGCGGAUCAUAGAUGAAGCAACAUGGAUGUACACCUGCCAGCUAUAAACUAUUUAUUACAUAGCUAGCUGACAACGCAAUCUGUGCAUCUAUUUCAAUCAUUUCCAGUGUUGUGGUCCUGGCUACCACCUGAAUCCUAGAAGACAAUCAAUUAAAAGCCACAAUAAUUCUAACAGUAAAUUAAAAGAAGACCUGUUUGUGCAGAGACAGCAGUGGGUGUUCUAUACAUACAGAACCCAGAUAUGAUCAACCCAAUCCAGUAGAAAGGCACUGUUUUAAUGGGCACGUGUACAAUAGGAGCACUAAGACAAAAUGACUGCAACAGCCAUGAAAGAAAAUAAAAAGAGCAAAAUGAAGAGAUGGGGAUGAUAUGCCAUUCUUGAACAAGGAAUAUUUGACCCUGGUGCCCUCAUCUGUAAACCCACAGUGUUUGUUUGGGGGUUCCUGCCCCUCUGUAUGGCAGAAUACGAUGGUUAUGUCUCAGGGCACAUACACUUUCCUUAGUUGCUUUGCUGGAUUUUGGUUAAUUUGGGGACUUAUUGUACUCCUCUGCUGCCUCUGUAGCUUUCUCAGGCGCCGAAUGAAGAGACGCCGGGACGAGAGGUUGAGGGAACAGAGCUUGCGUUCAGUGCACAUAGAACCACUGCAAUACGAGGAGUAUGUGAGCAGUCCCCGCAUUCCUGUGUCACACCGGAUACGGGCACAGCAGGCACAACCAUCACAGCCACCAGCUGCACAAGCUAGGCCCUGGUCUGCCUCCACCCGCAGGAAUGAGCCAGAUCUUUCUCAGCCCCCAUGUUACGAAGAGGCAUUGCUGAUGGCUGAACCACCGCCACCUUACAGUGAGGUGCUCACUGACACACGUGGUAUUUACCGAAAGAUCCUCAACCCUUUCCUAACUGUCCAGGAUGAAGUGGUGAAACCAGAGCAACCCCUGAGCCAUAAACAGCAUCUGGCAGCACCGGCACACACUCAGCCUCUUCCCGGAGCCCUGAGCUCACAGAUUCCCGUCAGCCUUUCACAGGAAGUACAUAGGCCAAGGCCACCAUCCUGGGCUGGCUCCGACAUAAGUAGUGGAGGACUGCACAGACUGCCUGGGGGUUGCCAGCUCAUCUUCCCUAUUCCUCUUCUGGGCAGGACUACAGCUGUUUAAACCAAACAGAUGGAUCAAUACCUCUUAGCUGCUAUAGUCUAAAAGUGAACUUUAAGAGGCUUGGGGGUUUCUGAACCACUUAAAAAAUACCAGAUUGGAAUACUUAUAAGUACAGUAUUUAAAAUGUCAUUACUGCCCUAUUGACAACAUCCAUUGUUUCAAACAAACAAAAAAACAAAUACAGUUCCUGUACCAAACAAAACAAGAACUACAGAACUUUGAGUCGACUGCGGGAGAAGAAGUUAUAGAAUGUACGACGGAAACAUUCUAGAACACAUAAUCACUAAGGAAAGGAUUUUGAGAGCAGACAAAUUCCACUCUCUAGAGACACACGUGGACUGCAAGCCAUCUUUAUUUAUUUGUUUCUGUUUUAUUUAUCAUACUCUUUUUGUGGGAUUAAACUUUAAAGUAUCAGCCAUUGUAUGUGUAACGGUCAUGCAACCAUGUGCAACCACAGCUAGAACAAUGUGUCCAUUUCUGUGUGUUGUACACACUGUGCGCGUGGACGAGAGAGCCACAUUACUUUAUGUCACGCAGAUCUUCAAUAUGUUUAAUCUGAAAGGGCUUCACAUUGAACAUCUAGUAAAUUAUGAGUUAUUAUUUGGCAAAUGAUGACGUGCUUUUGUCAUUUACCAGGUUCCGUUGUCACACUGUUGAUAUUGAAAUUAUCUUCACGGAGGUAAAUAAUGUGAAUUUUCAUUUUAUACGAAUGUAUUAUAUUCAGUGGUUGGGAUUCAUCAAGUGAUUAUACUGGGGUUAAUAUACAAACCCAGCUUUAAGUCAUAUGCCUUUAAAGGAAACCCAGCAGCUAAUUUAUUCUGAAAUAGUGAAAGAUGGCAUGGUGUCUGAAGGGAUCUCUUUAAGGGAAAUCCAGAAUUAAAAAAAAAAAAAAAAACUGCAUUGCAAGAGUUCAACUUUCCCCAAGUUGCCACAUUGACAUAUGGGAGAGAUUCACUCAGGGCUGAUGUCCAGUUUGAAAACCAGACCUAAAAUCUCUUUUGAAUUGAAUGUCUGAUAUUUUUUG